GGCGACCGAGGCUGGCUGGGUGGCUGCCUUCCGGGAAUACUGAGAGUGCAAACCCUCCAUCAGAACCCUCCAGGGCCUCCUCUAGGCUAGUGCAAACUCCAGAAAGAAAGCAAGCCUGGGGCAAUUGCCAGGAGAAUGGCAGUGCCCUGGGAGAAAUAUUUCCGACUGGCCUUGCAAGAGAAACUGUCUACGAAGAUCCAGGGGCAGAAUGUGGACCACGUCCCACCGCCACUGCUGCGUCUCUUGGAGAAGAGGCAGGAACUGGUGGAUGCGGAACAGGGCCUUCAGGCCCAGAAGGAGGUGUUCCAGACUAUGCAGGCAUCCCUGAAACAGCGGUGGGAACAAUUGGAACAGAAAGAGCAGGAGUUAAAGGGGUCCUUUGUCCGCUUUGAAAAAUUUUUGCAGGAUGCGGAGGCCCGGCGCAGCCGCGCACUGCGGAGGGCGGCGGAGGAGCGGCAACUGGCGGGCCGCCGGGAGGCGGAGGCGCUGCGGCUUCGGGCUCAGCUGGAGGAGCUGCAGCGGGAGCGCGCGCGGCUGCAGCGCCUGCUUUGGCGCCUCGAGCCUUGCGCGCGCCUGCUGGGGCAAGUACUGGAGCAGCUGCCCGAGUUCCAAGAAGUCCCCGAGCUGAUGGCGCGCUUCGACGGCCUGGCCGACACGCAGGCGGCGCUGAGGCUCACGGAGCGCCAGCGGCUCGCGGAGCUGGAGGAGGCGCGCGCGCGGCUGCGGCGGCUGCGGGACGCCUGGCAGGACGAGCUGCUGCGGCAGGGCCAGCGGCGAGCGCAACUGCUGGAGCAACUGGAGGCGGCGCGGGAGCGCACGCUGCACUGGGUACCGCCGCCGGGAGGAGGGGGCGGUGUUUUCCAGGAAUCCAAGUAUAUUCAGAUCCAGAACACCGCGGCUGAGAAGACCCUGCUCCUGGGACGCACCAGGAUGGCCGCACUCAACCUGUUCCAGCUAGUGUGCCAGCACCAGAGGCGCCCACCUGCCCUGGACAUCGAGGACACCGAGGGGCAGCUGGAGCAGGUGAAGCUCUUCAUCCUGGACCUCUCCGCCAUGCUGGCCGGCCUCCAUCAGGCCAAGCCCGCCGUCCCCGCCUCCUGACCCUGACCCAGGUGAGCAGUGGGGGAGGGGCCCCCAGGAGGUACACAAUUCCUGCAGGGUACGGGCUGAGUGGCUCUCACCAGAAAGACAGGAGGGCUGUGCCCGCUCAGAUUGCAGUGGGGUGGGCAUGAGGAGCACACAGCAAAUACUAAGUGAAUGUGGACUACAUGGAGGGCACCAAUCCCACAUCCACCAUGGGACCUGGGACCUGGUCCUCCCACCCAGGGCAGAUGGGGGAUUUUUUUCCUCUUAAUAAAUUUAUUUACUUAUUUAUUUCUGGCUGCAUUGGG